CAAAAGUUAACUCUACCCUACUGAGGCUCCCUCCAUAUACACCAUGUAGGUCUGUAUUCAUUUCAUGUUUUUUUCUCUCCAUUUUAAACUUCGUUUUUGUUGGACCCCAGCACUGUCAGACUGCAGAUUUCAUACAGAAACCAGAUGUUCCCGGGUUUGGCAGUGGCGCUAUAAAUUGUUUUGGUGACUUUCAUCUGUCGUGGAGUACAGCCUGCUGAAGAGAUGGAGUGGAAUGAAUGUUGUGGACUAAAGCAAAAACCCCUCUGAGAUACUGGAGUAGAAACAUAAGGACCACAGAGUAUUGGGUUACGGAGCAUUAUCCGGCAGGACCUCAGGGUCCCCCAGAAAACCUCUCAGGAAUUGCUCCGCAUGGAUGAUUGUAAAGUGGUUGUCCCACUGGCUAUCAUAAGGAUGCUGUUUGGAGCUUUCUGCUCUCAGAGAUCCUGAGGAAGAAGAAAAUAAAAAUUCAUGGGAAAAGAGUUGUAAAUGAAAUCAGCCUUUGUAGACCUCAGAGGGAAAUAGGUUCAGUGGGACACAAUGAGGAGAAUUCACAUAAAAGGAGAUGUUCUGUGCACCCUGCUCAUGCUGGGGCUACUCUGUCUGCUGUUGUAUGCCCACCAAUGCUUCACUCCCACCUGGGACACCUGGCACUUAGAGCAGGGCUCUACAAGCUCCUGUGCUCUUCUAGGGACUCUACCAGAGAGCCACGUGACUAAACGGGUCCCCUCUACGCCCACAGAUAAGACAAAGUGCCAGUCUGAGCCUCAGUCACAUCCCAAGUCCAAACUUCAGUCUAAAUCCAAACCUAAGACCAAAUCUAAAUCCAAGUCAAAGAAAGAUAAGGGGACAAAGAAUGUGGCCCCAUCAAAGGCUGCUCCUGUUUUACCCACACAACCACCUUUUAACUUUGAGGGCUACCUAAGAGAUAAGGACAAUCGGGACUUCAAACUGCUGAUAGACCAGCCAGGAAAAUGCUCAGGCGAGCUCUACAUGCUCAUUACUAUCAAGUCAGUAGCAGCAGACUUUGAAAGAAGGCAGGUAGUGCGGCACACCUGGGGAAGAGAGGGUGUGCUCCAGAAUUUGCAGACAGUGAAGACUGUAUUCCUCCUUGGGGUACCCAGGAACAAGACAGCCCUGCCUUUAUGGGACCGGCUCCUUGCCUAUGAGAGCCACACCUUUGGGGACAUUCUCCUCUGGGACUUUGAUGACACAUUUUUCAAUUUGACACUUAAAGAGACCCACUUCCUCCAGUGGGUGAAUGACAGCUGCUCCAAUGUCCAGUUCAUCUUCAAAGGUGAUGCUGAUGUCUAUGUGAAUAUAGACAACAUUUUGCAGAUGCUGAAGGGUCAGAAGCCUGAUAAGGACCUCUUUGUGGGUGACAUAAUCCACCACGCCCGCCCCAUCCGUCGGCGCAGCAGCAAGUACUUUGUGCCAGAGUUUGUGUAUGGCCAGACUAUGUAUCCGUCAUAUGCAGGAGGGGGAGGCUUUGUGAUGUCUGGUCACACCGCCAGGCGGCUGAGUGGAGCGUGUCAGCAGGUAGAACUAUUCCCCAUCGACGAUGUGUUCUUAGGCAUGUGCUUACAGAGAAUUGGAGUGAAACCGUCACGCCAUGAGGGUUUCCGUACAUUUGGUAUUGUGCGCCCCUCUGCUGCUCCCCACCUCCAGGUGUUUGACCCUUGUUUCUACAGGGAGCUGAUGGUGGUACACAGUCUGACAGUGCCACAGAUCUGGCUCAUGUGGAACCUGCUGCAUGACCCCCAGCUGAGCUGUCACAGUAAACUGGCCCCCACCCCGUGGCCCUUUAAGUGGAGGGGCAAGGUACUCGCGACAACAGGACAGAAGGACUCAGAGACUACAGUGGAACAGGACUAUGAUGGUAAAGUGUUUGUAAAGCAUUGAGGGCUUUGUGUUAUGUUGAUUAGAGGGACUACACUGUGAAAGAGCCAUUGGUAUAUGGAAACUGCGAUUGAAUGUUUGGUACAGUUAUUUUUAGGUAAUACAGGGGUUUUUGCUUAACAGUUUACAGCCAUGGUAAAUGUACCUUGUUUCUAAGAAAAAAUCCUGUUUCAUAUAUUUCUUGGAAACAUCCUGGAUGUAAAACUAGUUGGUAAAUUUACUGUGGUGGUAAUGUAAACGUGCCAGGUUGAUUUUGUGCAGUUGAAUAUACAGUACAGUGUUGUAAAUUAAGAAACUUUGGGUGCGUUCGUAAAUUCACUCUGGCUAUCUACUCCGAUUUCAUAGCACUCUCGUCUGAGUGUGUCUCAGCGCAGAAUAAAAAAUUGUUUCCAGCAGCACAGUUACCGUCACCAAUGCUCUGGAUAACAAUAAAACAGCCUAACCAGCUCUGCUAGGGCGAGU